AUGCAACCGACGCGCGGCGACCUGCCAGGCAGAGUUUACUCACGCAGCUUGUAUGAGAGCAUCAAGAAGGAGCCGUUCAAAAUCCCCGAGGACGACGGCAACGACCUUAUGCACACGUUCUUCAACCCGGACAGGGAGGGCUGGCUCUGGAAGCAAGGUUGUUCGAAAUUGAGCGGCCGCUAUAAGAGCUGGAAAAGACGCUGGUUUAUACUGAACGACAACUGCCUCUACUACUUUGAGUUUACAACU